AUGCUAUUAAGUGAAGUUGCUUUGGGAGAGAUGUAUGAGCUUAAGAAGGCCAAGUAUAUGGAAAAACCACCAAAAGGGAAGGACCCGACUAAAGGACUUGGGAAGAAGAUCCCUAAUGAGUCCGAACACUUUAAGUGGAAGGAUGAUGUUGUUGUGCCAUGUGGAAAGUCGGUAUCAUCAAAUGUUAAGACAUACGAGUUGAUGUAUAAUGAGUACAUCGUCUACAACACCGAUCAAAAGAAACUUCAUUUUGAUCUGUAUAAAAUUGAAGCCACUGAAGAGUCAAAAAGCAUGGUGACUGAAAAAAGUCAAAGAACGAACUUGUCUGACUUAUCAACUGGCAUCAACAGUUAUUAUAUCCUCCAGAUAUAUGAAGAAGAUAAAGGGUCAGGCUGCUAUGUGUUCCAGAAGUGGGGUCGAGUUAGCAAUGAAAAAAUUGGAGGAAAUAAGUUGGAAGAAUUGAUGGUUCAGGUGACACAAUUGUCCGACUCUGGGACUUCGAAUGACACAAAACAUAUCCAGACAAUCAGAGAGCGUGUACUUGAAACUAUUUUGUGCUUGAGGUUCUUCAUAUUUCAAUACGGGAUAGUCUACAAGCUCCAUCUCACUGGAAAUAAUACAUCAUUAUUGGUCCUAAGAAUUAUCGGAGCAGUGGUUCAUUAG